GAGGGGGAACCCCCGAUGUCCCCAAAGAUCCCUGAGUGCCUCCACGGCCCCCCAGAAUCCCCCCAGGACCCCCAAUUCCCCCCCAUUGCACACUGGGAUCCCCUCCCCUCCCCACCCCCCCUUAAAGGGCCCGCGCCCCUCUGGUGGGGGGGGACGUGGGAAAGCCCUUAAAGGGCCCGCGCCCCUCUGGUGGGGGGGACGUGGGAAAGCCCUUAAAGGGCCCGCGGCCCGCGGUGGCACGUGGAGGGGGGACACGCUUCUGCAAAAGGCUCCGCUGACAUCACGCGGGGGCGGCCCACCCGUGACGUCACCCGGGGGAACCCGGCUGUCCCCGCACCCCCUAACCCCGCCCCCCCCAAUGUCGCCGUCACUGCGGUGUCACCUCCCCCCCGCUAUAACGGCCCCCGGGGCCACACCGGCCCCAUUUGCAACUCGCGACGGAGACAUGCGGCCCCACAGAGGUGGGCGCGCGCCGCCGCCCCCCCCCCGCACGGUGAAGGAACUCCUGGAGGGGAUGCGGGGCGGGCGGGGGGCGCGGGGGCGGAGCCACGGGGACAGCGGCGGCGCCCCCAUCCCGUCCCCAUCUGCCGCUCUCUCCUGGCCCGGCCCCCCCCCGGCCCCCACUGUGUCCUAUGGGAUCCCGGGGGGCGCUUAUGGGGUCGGACCCCCACCUAUAGGGGGUGCUCAGGCCGCCCCCCCCGGCCCCUCCUGGGCGCUCCCUUUGGUGGAUGUGGGGGACACGGGGGGGGGUGCGGACCCCGACCCCAAUGCCGACCCCAAUGCCGACCCCAAUCCCGACCCCGAGGAGCUGUCGGCCGCGCGGGCGGCGCUGCGCUGUGUGCCCCCAAAUGAGCUGCUGCGGCAGGACGAGGACGGGGACACCCUGCUGCACGUGCUGUGUGCGCGGGGGCUGCGCGCUGCGAGCCGCGCGGCUGCGGAGCUGUACGGCGCCAUGGGGCGCCUCGAGCUGCGCGAGCACCGCGGGAAGACGCCGCUGUUGGUGGCGGCGGCGGCGGCGGCGCCCGCGGUGCUGCGGGACCUCAUCGCGGUGGGCGCCGAUCCCAACGCGGCGGACCACGCGGGGCGCACCGCGCUGCAUUUGGGCGCCGCCUAUGGGCUGCCGGCGGUACUGCAGGCUGUGAUGACGUCGGGGGUCCCCGUGAAUGUGGAGGCGCGGAACUUCGAAGGUCAGACCCCGCUGCACUGCGCUGCCCUGGCCCACACCGCAGCCCUGCAGGGGGGGGGACCCCAAAAUCCCACCCCCCAAACCCGACUGCGCUGCGUCCAAAUCCUUCUGAGUAUGGGGGCCGACCCCGCCAGCCAGGACUCCAAGAGCAGUCUGACCCCACUGCACAUCGCCGUGCGGGGGGGGAACCUCAGCCUGGCUCAGCUCCUCCUGCGCCACCCCGGGGGGGGGGCACGCCUGGUCAACAUGCAGGCUCACGGCCACACGGCUCUGCAUAUGGCGGCGGCGCUGCGCGGCGGCCAGCAGGAGGCGCUGCUGAGGCUGCUGCUGCGCUGGGGCGCGGAUCCGGCGCUGCCCAACCUGGAGCACCAACGGGCGCGGGCGCUGCUGCCGCGGGGGGGGCACGGAGAGCAGCUCCGCCUCCUUUUGAAGCGCCGCCGCUCCGCGCGCCGCCCCUCCCCCACCGCCUCCGUGACGUCAGCGCGGGGGGACCCACAGCAGUGACGCCGUCGGCGGGGGAAGCCCUCGGCGGUGACGUCAUCAGCCUCCCAUCCGCCGUCAUUUUUUUGCUGAUUUCUGUGAAAUCGCUCAUUUUGGGAGGGGGAGGGGAGGGGGGGAAGGGGCGGGGCUUAACGCCAUUGGCCCCGCCCCCUUCCCUCCCCCCACCCCCCCCCCCCUCCCAUCCGAUCAGUUUCCAGGAAAUUAAUUAAUUAAUUCGAAUGGGGGACCACGAAAAUCCGGGGGGGGGAUUUGGGGACCCCAUUGAAUAUUGGGGCGCGGCCCCUUUAAGACCCCCCCCCCCCCCACGGGGGGGUGGGGCUACCGUGUAGCCACGCCCCCCCCUCCAAAGCCCCGCCCCCUCCGUUGGCCAAUCACGUUCUGAGGAAUUGGCGCCAUUUCCGCACGGCCCCAAAUUGGAGCACUUUUGGCCCCAAAUGGCGCCAAUUCUGACCCCCAAAAUGGGGGGUUUUGCCCUCAAAUUCAGAUUUCACCCCCGGAAUGGGGGCGUUCGACCCCCAAAAUGGGGGAUUUCACCCCAAAAUGGGGGGAUUUGGUCCCAAAAUGGGGAGAUUUCACCCCAAAAUGGGGGAAUUUCACCCCAAAAUGGGGGAUUUCACCCAAAAAUUGGGGGAUUUCACCCCAAAAUGGGGACUUUCACCCCAAAAUGAGGGAUUUCGCCCCAAAUUGGGGGGAUUUGGCCCCAAAAUGGGGGAUUUCACCCCAAAAUGGGGGAAUUUCACCCCAAAGUGGGGGGAUUUGGCCCCAAAAUGGGGGAUUUCACCCCAAAAUUGGGGGAUUUCUCCCCAAAUUGGGACUUUCACCCCAAAAUGAGGGGUUUUGCCCCAAAUUGGGGGGAUUUGGCCCCAAAAUGGGGGGAUUUGGCCCCAAAAUGGGAGAUUUCACCCCAAAAUGGGGGGAUUUGGCCCCAAAAUGGGGGGAUUUCACCCCAAAAUGGGGACUUUUACCCCAAAAUGGGGGAUUUCACCCCAAAAUGGAGGGAUUUCGCCCCAAAAUGGGGACUUUCACCCCAAAAUGGGGGAUUUCAACCCAAAAUGAGGGGAUUUUGCCCCAAAUUGGGGGGAUUUGGCCCCAAAAUGGGGGGAUUUCACCCAAAAUGGGGGAUUUCACCCCAAAAUGGGGGAUUUGGCCCCAAAAUUGGGACUUUCACCCCAAAAUGAGGGGAUUUCGCCCCAAAUUGGGGGGAUUUGGCCCCAAAAUGGGGGGAUUUCACCCAAAAUGGUGGAUUUCACCCCAAAAUGGGGGAUUUGGCCCCAAAAUUGGGACUUUCACCCCAAAAUGAGGGGAUUUCGCCCCAAAUUGGGGGGAUUUGGCCCCAAAAUGAGGGGAUUUCACCCCAAAAUGGGGGGAUUUCACCCCAAAAUGGGGGAUAUGGCCCCAAAAUGGGGGGAUUUGGCCCCAAAAUGGGGGAUUUCACCUCAAAAUGGGGGAUAUGGCCCCAAAAUGGGGGGAUUUGGCCCCAAAUGUAUGCAGAAUGUCCAAAAAAGGGCACUUUUGCCCCAAAUUGGGGCACUCUGAGCCCAAAAUUGGAGGUUUGGCCCCAAAUUGGGGCGACGGACCCCAAAAGCGAUGGAUUUCCCCCCGAAUUGGGGGCCGUUUUGCCCCCAAAAUCCUUCUUUUUCGCCCCGAAAUGGGCGGAUUCGGCCCCACAUUGGGGGAAUGCCGCCCCCAAAUCCACCUUUCGGCCCCAAAAUUGGGAGAUUUCACCCCAAAAUCGGCGCCUUUGGCCCCAAAUUGGGGAACGGUGAGCGAAAAUUAAAGCUUUUGCCCCAAAUGGGGCGUUCUGA